GAGAGCAGGAUGAGGUGUUCCACAUAGUAGCAGCGCCAGCCAUGGAGAAAAAAUAAAACCUAAUUUACCAAACUCAAACAGACACACAUUUUCUUUUCUCAUUUCCUAAGAUCUUUCCGCUUUCUUGUCUCAAUUUCUUCUUCUCUUUCUCUUUUCUCUCUCUUCCCAUUCUCAAAUCACUGCAAUGUGCUCCAUUUCUUCACUCUAACCACAACUAUGUCUGACCCUGAGGAUAAUUCUAAUAAGAAGGAGUCUUGGUUUUUCGACAACGAUUUUAAUGGUCUGCCGGAUGAUAUUGUUUUCGAUGAUGUCCUUAAGUUUUUAGAUUUACCAUUGGAAGAUGUUGACCCUAAUGGUGCUGAAGAAGACUGGAGUGUUCAAUUUCAAAGCCUAGGAGAGCCAUGUUUUGAUGCUUUUUCAGUGUCAUCAGCAGGGCUGCAUGGCGAAAGCAAAAUCCGAAAUGAAAUUCCUCGAACUGGGAAAAGCUUAUCUGCUCCUUAUAAUGAGAUUCCCCUAAUCAAACAAGUGGCGAAGAUUGCUGGACCAACCUAUGGAAAAACUAUUCCCAACCAGAAUGUUCCUUUCUAUGAAAAAAAAGAUUUGCAUCAAUACCGAAGCUACAGCCCGGUAUCUGUUUUUGAAGGCAGCAGCACUUCCUCGGCUGAGACUUCCAGCUUUGAUCUGCCUGUCAUCCCAGUUAAGCGGGCUCGAAGUAAACGCCGGCGUCCUUCAAUCUUAAAUCCUGUAUUCUCAAUUUCGUUCAUCCCUCCUAACUCACUGGCUUUGCAAAAAUAUCAUAAGACACCGACCUCUGAGUCAGAUUCAAACAAAGCAAAGAAACCGAGAAAAAGAGACCUAUCCGUGCUCUCAGGUGAUGUCGAGACAUCCUCAUCACAAGACUCAGUUGUCACUAGAAAAUGCUCGCAUUGCGAGAUCACAAAGACUCCGCAAUGGAGAGAGGGACCCAAAGGUCCCAAAACGCUGUGCAAUGCUUGUGGCGUUCGGUACAGGUCUGGCCGCCUCUACCCUGAAUACCGUCCAGCAGCCAGCCCUACUUUUGUAGAAUCAAUUCACUCAAACUGUCACAAGAAAGUUAUGGAGAUGAGAUGCAAAGUCAUCAAAGAAUGUGUUAGGGCCCCUUCUAGGUUGGCCACAUAAAAUAUUUAUCUUUUUUGAAGAUGAAAUGGUAAUACCAAACAGGAUCCUCCUUUGUUUAUUGUUUUAAAUUUUAGAGUGUCAUGUUAUAUUAUUGUUUAGCAUAAUUUGUUUAAUGUAAAUUGAUUGGUGUAAUAAAAAGGUAGUUGCAGCAGAAUCAGAUCAGUGAUUAGUGCUUGUUAGGCAUUGAGGAAACAUUGGUGUUGAAGAGGUUGAGAAUGGUAUGUUAAUGUAGAUGUGUAACUGGAUGACAUGGCAUGGCAUGGCAUUAUUUGCUGCUACAUGUGCUAUUAUGAAGAUAUCAUGAAGUCAAGGAUUAAUUAAAGACAAAGAUACUGAAAUCACAUGCAUGGUAACAUGGCACAAAAUUAUAGUGGAAGAGGAGCACAUGCAUGGCUGGAAAUAAUAAUACCUUUUCCAGUUUUCAGACAGCUUCAAAAUGGGGUAUUGUAAUUUACACCCUUCUAAACAGACUAUUAUUAGAAUUUGUUGUUUAGCAUAUCAUUAGUUUGAAGAAUAGCUCCUACUUAAGGCUUAUGGUCAGUGUGUACUGAUCUGUAAUUUGUUUUUUUAAGGAUAUUAUCCUGUACUUUUUAUGAUUUUAGUGUGUACUUUGUACUUUAUAUAUUUUAUA